UUAAGCAAAUCCUCUUUUGUUUUACAGAUUACUGUAAAUUAUUUACAUUACGUUGUCCAUCACAUUCACCCCUUGCGCCCGUAGUACGCGUCCACUCCCCGCUAGUUGUCGGCGUCCACGCCCCGCGUAGCUGAGCCCAGUUGUCAUCUCAUACCCGAUAAGGGAAGCACGUGCGUUUGCUCCCCUUCUGACUAACUUUUCGAGUUCGUAGCAUAACCGUUCCUGGAACUUGUUCGAUUUAAAAAUAUUUAUUUUUGUGCUAAGUGAAGUUGUUUGUUCGUGUUUGGAUUUUGUUGGUUAGUGAAAAGGCAAGGGGGACAUGGAGACCGUCGUCCAAUAUUUACUCCUAGCUUUGGCUCUGACUUCAGUGCAAAUAUCCUACACUGAAAGCCGUCUAAAUGAAAAACGCAGAGAUAAAACUGAAAGGAGAUACCAUGGGACGCAAGUAAAAGAUAACAUAUGCGAGAUACAAAACAGAGAAUCCAAAAUACAUUGCUAUUGCGAAAGCACUGAUGUUAAAACCGCAACAAGAGCUGAUUGUUGGGUUUUCAACGGCGGUAUUGACGAAACAGACCCAAUAUGGUCCAGUUUCAACUCGCAACCUUAUUUGGAAAGGUUAACAUUCAACGUUCGAUCCGAUGGAGCUCUCAAAUUCAUUCCGUUUCACGUAAUCCAUCGCAUGAAACGUCUGCAAAAACUGUUUAUACACUACGCCACUCUAAACAAGAUUGAGAAAAGAACAUUCACAAACAUAACCACACUUAAAGAAAUAACUCUGAUGAACAACAAAAUAACCGAAUUGGACUUCUCAGCGUUCACGAAUCUCCCGUCGCUCGUAAACCUAACUAUAAAAGAGAAUAAAGUAACAGAAGUGCAGAGGGACGUGUUCGUCGAUUUGCCGAGUCUCAAAUAUCUGGAUUUGUCUUUUAACAGUAUCAAUCUCGCACACGACGGUUGUUUUGAACAUCUGACCGUACUAAACGAUCUGAUACUGGAGGCUAAUUCAAUUACGGUACUGACUAGAGACACAUUCAGGGGCUUAGCUAAUCUGACGAGAUUGGAUCUGCGGUCCAACAAGUUGUCAAUGUUGGGCGAUUUAACUUUCACAGAACUGUGGAAUCUUAACGAGCUACUUUUGGAUAAUAACGAAUUGAAAUUUCUGUCUGAAAGGGCUUUCGAUGGUCUCGCUCUGCUUCAGAAAUUAUCUAUGACAGGGAAUAAAUUGAAGUCUAUUAAUGAGGGGCUAUUAGAAGGUGUUCGCGGGCUUGAAUUAUUGGAUCUGAGGAACAAUGAGAUGGAACACUUUACUUACGACACAAUAAAGCCGAUUCUGGAGAACUUGAAAAUGAAGAAUGCUGUCCUGUAUCUGAGUGGUAACAGAUUAAGCUGCGAUUGCCGCUUGUCAUGGAUUCAAGUUCUGAGAAACGAAACAAAAAGCGAACCUCUAAAAAUGGCUUUGGACGAAGUCACAUGUGUUUUGAAUGCAGGCAAGAACGUUGUAGCUACAUCAAACGAUGUGAACACAGCGUUUAACGAUGCUAAACCUUCAAAAUCCGAACAGCUUUACGAAAUCGAAACAAAUAGUGAAGUUCAACAAGAUGUUAAUGAAGAGGAACUAUAUGAAGAUUCAAAUCAGUACAAAUUUGAACCAACCGUGCAACAAGUAGCGGAAAACCAACUUACAAUAGUGAAUAUGCCUAUAGAAUCUUUGCCUUGUCCACGAGAACUCGUCCGAAGUGGAGAAGACUCAUUGAUGCUCUCUUCAAAAGACGAAAGCUAUUGGCAAUCAAGUUCCAGUUCACAAAUGAUGGCACAAUUCUCUUUAGUAUUUUUAUUGCUAUGUAUAAGUGUGUUUUAAUUUAACGGUCAAACGAUGUGUGUAGCGCUGUAUAUACAUUAUUUAGUACUGAAAUAGUCGAAAAAUCCUAAUAACUGCCUCUCAAAUCGGAUUUGCUCACAAAAUACCUACAGAUACUAGAGUAGAUCACGUAACCGUUACAUAAGCGAUUAUCCUGGGGCCUUUGGAAAUGAUGGCUCCUUUAAUGUCCUAAUCAGUGAUAAGAUUAUCGUCUUAUAUAUUUCUCUCUUUGUACAUCCCUAAUGUUUUCAUUUGAGAUUUACGGCAGAUUAUUAUUGUGAGACUUAAAGACGGCUGACGAUGCCUAACUUUUUUCGCAUAUUUCAGUACUUAGCUUAUCAUUUUUAUACGUCUGCUACUAUGCUUGAUUUUUAGAUUCUAAGAAAAAAGACUGGUAUAGAUAUUUAAUUAAAUUAUUUCUUAGUAAGUGUAAUUUAAAGUCUAGUGUCAUUCUCAGGCCAGUGUUAAAGUUUCCAUGGACUGGUAGAAACGGUAAAUCUAUACCCGAUGUCGGUAACAUAGCAGUUAGCGAUGUCGUUUUGGACAUGUUCCAACUUGUUGAAAACGUAUAAGUGGACGAAAAUAUUGUGAGCGUCCAAGUUAGAUGGGAUUACGAUUUUGUAGAUAAAUAUUUUUAUAUGCAGUAAAAUAAAUUCUCGAAAGAGAGCUUCGAGUAUGACAAAUCUCAAAUCGAAAAUACUUAAAUAAAUCCAUUAAAUGUUAUAAGUGUAGUUAUAACUCUGCCAAAGAAUUAUUCUGCUAAGGUCUUAGUUGUUAUGCCAACACAACUAAAAGUUUUCAAGAUCUUUGCCUCGGCCCUUAUAGCUUAGGGCUUUAGGAUUUGAACUUGAGAAACAAAUUCGAGUACAAGAUUUACUCUCAAAGUAAAUAAUGGAAUACAAAUCACUUAAGUGCAGUAUAUAAAACAUCUUGAUAAGAAAUUAAUGGAAGAUAUGAUUUAUAUUUUAUGUACAAAGUUACGAGAAUCGUAUUAAUAUUAAAGAAAGUUUCUUAAUUCACUGAUCUCUUGUACAAAUACAAUAAUAUAGAAUACAACAGCUGUUCUGUAGAUGGUUAAGUAUUGAUCCAAAUGUUUGUGGUAACUUAUUCUUGGUUUGAAUUGAAUCUUAGUAAAUAAGUCUUGAACAAAUUUAUAUUAAGACCUGAUCAUUGCCAAAUGGAUAAAAAAUUAAUUUAGAUAAAAACUAGAUGGUUCUCGUCAUUGAGUAUCGUCAGUUUUCAAGCAAAAAAACGAAAAUCAAAAUGGCUUUUGUUUGGGACCUAACAUAAAAUCAAAUACAUAUUCUAAAUUCGUAAUACUUCUGUUUUCUUCGAUAUCCAGUGUAGUGAUAAAGAAAUAAAGACAGUUUCACAUUCCAAUCCUGAAAAGGUUUCCUAUACCGUAAGUGAUAUUACCAACACAAAUCACGAUCUCAAACAAGGCGGGGAAGAGAAUCUGUGUGGAAUCAAACCUCUUUCUAUGUUUGCUAUAGAUGUGCAUGUAAGGAAUUUUCGUGUUAUCCUAAGGUGUAAUAUAAUCUUGUAAAUAUUACGUAAGGAUUUGGCUAUUGUAAUUAGUUGGUAAAAUAAUAAAUUGUGAUUAUGAA